GCGGGCCGGCGCCUCGCCUCUGCGCGCGGAGAUGGUGUAGCCCGGCCGCCGGAGCCGGAGCCGCCUCUGCUCGCGCGUCCUCGCGGCGUCCGCCUCCCUGCCUGAGGAGAGACCCUCUGCUCGGCGUCUCCCGCGCCGGGGAAGCCUCGGCGCCGCCGGCACCAUGAGUGAACAGAGUAUCUGCCAGGCAAGAGCUGCUGUGAUGGUUUACGAUGAUGCCAAUAAGAAGUGGGUGCCAGCGGGUGGCUCAACUGGGUUCAGCAGAGUGCAUAUCUAUCACCAUACAGGCAACAACACAUUCAGAGUGGUGGGCAGAAAGAUUCAAGACCAUCAGGUCGUGAUAAAUUGUGCCAUUCCUAAAGGGCUGAAGUACAAUCAAGCUACACAGACUUUCCACCAAUGGCGGGAUGCUAGACAGGUGUAUGGUCUCAACUUUGGCAGCAAAGAGGAUGCCAACGUCUUCGCAAGUGCCAUGAUGCACGCCUUAGAAGUGUUAAAUUCACAGGAAGCAGCCCAGAGCAAGGUUACUGCUACCCAGGACAGCACUAAUUUGCGAUGUAUUUUCUGUGGGCCAACAUUGCCUAGACAAAAUUCACAACUACCUGCUCAAGUUCAAAAUGGCCCGUCCCAAGAAGAGUUGGAAAUCCAGAGAAGGCAACUGCAAGAACAGCAGCGACAGAAGGAGCUGGAGAGGGAAAGGCUGGAGAGAGAAAGAAUGGACAGGGAAAAGCUAGAGAGAGACCGGCUGGAGAGGGAGAGGCUGGAGAGGGAGCGCCUGGAGCAGGAGCAGCUGGAGCGGCAGCGGCAGGAGAGGGAGCACGUGGAACGCCUGGAGAGGGAGCGGCUGGAGCGCCUGGAGAGGGAGAGGCAAGACCGAGAGCGCCUGGAGCAGCUGGAGCGAGAGCAAGUGGAGUGGGAGAGAGAGCACAGAGUGUCCAAUGCUGCUCCAUCUUCAGACAGCUCCCUGUAUAAUGCUCCACUUGCUGAGUAUUCCAGUUGCCAGCCUCCUUCAGCACCUCCUCCAUCAUAUGCUAAAGUCAUCUCAGCUCCGGUGUCAGACGCCACUCCUGAUUACGCUGUAGUGACCGCCUUGCCACCUACUUCCACACCCCCUACACCACCACUGCGGCACUCAGCGACACGUUUUGCAACAUCUCUAGGUUCAGCCUUCCACCCUGUUCUUCCCCAUUACGCCACAGUUCCUCGUCCUCUGAACAAAAACUCUCGACCUUCUUCUCCUGUGAACCCACCCUCUUCUCAGCCUCCAGCUGCGAAGUCCUGUGCCUGGCCUACUUCCAAUUUCUCACCCCUCCCUCCAUCUCCUCCGAUAAUGAUUAGCAGCCCCCCUGGCAAAGCUACUGGCCCAAGGCCUGUUCUUCCCAUUUGUGUCUCCUCUCCUGUGCCCCAAAUGCCUCAGUCACCGACAGCACCCAAUGGGUCGCUGGACUCUGUAACAUACCCAGUGUCUCCACCGCCUACCUCAGGGCCAGCAGCGCCACCUCCGCCGCCGCCGCCACCACCACCGCCGCCGCCGCCACCGCCGCCGCCGCUGCCUCCCCUCGCCUCACUCUCACACUGUGGAUCACAGGCUUCUCCUCCUCCAGGCACCCCUCUUGCCUCAACUCCCUCAUCCAAGCCCAGUGUUCUCCCUUCUCCCUCUGCAGCUGCCCCUGCCUCUGUGGAGACCCCUCUAAAUCCUGAGCUGGGAGACUCCUCUGCUUCCGAGCCAGGCUUGCAGGCAGCCUCUCAGCCGGCCGAGACGCCAACCCCACAGGGCCUUGUCUUGGGACCACCUGCACCUCCACCACCCCCACCCCUCCCAUCAGGCCCUGCCCACGCCUCAGCACUUCCUCCUCCCCCUGGACCCCCUCCACCACCCCCACUACCAUCCUCUGGGCCUCCACCACCACCUCCACCACCCCCUCUUCCUAAUCAAGUUCCUCCCCCUCCUCCCCCACCUCCUGCCCCUCCCCUCCCCGCAUCUGGAUUUUUCUCUGGCUCGAUGCCAGAAGACAAUCGCCCUUUAACUGGACUUGCAGCUGCAAUUGCGGGAGCAAAGCUUAGGAAAGUGUCUCGGGUGGAGGACGGUUCUUACCCAGGUGGAGGGUGUACUGUAGGUGUGAACUUGGCCUCAUCCAAAGCAGAUGCUGGUCGUGGGAACGGACCCCUUCCUCUAGGUGGUAGUGGCCUAAUGGAAGAAAUGAGCGCCCUGCUGGCCAGGAGGAGAAGAAUUGCUGAAAAGGGGUCAACAAUAGAAGCCGAACAAAAGGAAGACAGAAGUGAAGACUCGGAGCCUGUAACUACUAAGGCCUCUUCAACAAGUACACCUGAACCAACCAGAAAACCAUGGGAAAGAACAAAUACAAUGAAUGGCAGUAAGUCACCUAUCAUCUCCAGACCCAAAUCUGCACCUUCGUCACAGCCCAGUGCCAAUGGAGUCCAGACAGAAGGACUUGACUAUGACAGACUGAAGCAGGACAUUUUAGAUGAGAUGAGAAAAGAACUAAGAAAGCUGAAGGAGGAGCUUAUUGACGCAAUCAGGCAGGAACUGAGCAAGCCGAAUACUGCGUAGAGAAGCAAACUAAGGAGAGACAGGACUUGAAAUCUGGAGAAAAACCAAAAUUCCUACAACUGUUAACAACCCCCUACAAUUUUUAAGCUGUAAGAAGAAAAUGGAUAUACAGUCAGGAGGGAAAAACCACCAACCUCUGAAAGCCUUCAGACAUAGCGACUCUGGCAAUCAGCUGUUCCCUCCCAGUGUGCUGCUUUUGUUCCGACCUUCACCACAGUAUGGAGAAUUUGUUUUUGAGUUCCCAUAGCAGUACUAAACCCAUCAGGCAAGAUCACCGUGCAUUGAAAUAUUUUCAUAUCUAGAUGAAAUUGCACGUUUUCCACAAUCCAUUGCUAAAAUAAAGAAGAGAAAGGCUUAAGAGGUUUUUUCCAGAGGGCGCUGACGAAUUUAAUUUAGCGAGUUCUGCUGUUGCAUUGUAAACGUUUCUCUCAGGUUUGUCUUCCUAUCAUAUUUGAUAUUCCAUGAAUAGUUUUAAGAUCAUAAAGUAUGGAGCAAAUGGAGUUGUAUGUGCUUUCAAAGGGCGGUAUUUGUAAGAGAGGUCCUAAAAUGUUUAGUCCCACUUGAGGAAUUUUAGAGUGAUAGGAAGUCUCUUGGGUUAGCCUUCAUGCAAUUUUGUAGU